UGCACUUCAGCUGUAAUCUCCAGAGAUUUAGCCUGAUACCAUGAGCUCCGAAGCAGAGGAAUCUAAAGAAGUGGCAACAGAUGUCUUCAGUUCCAAAGGUCUGGCCAUUCAGGCCCAGAAGAAGAUUCUUGGCAAAAUGGCAUCCAAAUCAAUAGCAACAGCUCUGAUAGAUGACACUAGCAGUGAUGUGUUGGAUGAACUCUACAGAGUGACAAAGGAAUACACACAAAACAAGAAGGAGGCAGAGAAAAUAAUAAAAAAUCUCAUCAAAACUGUUAUCAAAUUAGCAAUCCUUUACAGAAAUAACCAGUUUAAUCAAGAAGAAAUCAUUCUUAUGGAGAAGUUCAAGAAGAAGGUUCACCAGUUGGCUAAAACUGUGGUUAGCUUCUAUCAGGUGGAUUAUACCUUUGACAGAAUUUUUUUGUCAAAACUGUUGAAUGACUGCAGAGAUCUUCUUCAUCAAAUCAUCCAGCGUCACCUCACUGCUAAAUCACAUGGACGUGUCAACAAUGUCUUUGAUCACUUCUCAGAUUGUGAAUUUCUGGCUGCCUUGUACAAUCCAUUUGGACCUUACAAGUCUCACUUGCAGAAACUUUGUGAUGGUGUCAACAAAAUGUUAGAUGAUGGAAAUAUAUAAGUAACUGCGCCUGAUCAUA